CAGAGCUGCGCUUCAUAGAUUGGCUGAUUGAUCGUUUGUCAUGGCGUCUUCACCACUCGGGAGUCCUAGCUCCUGUUGCCGACUUGUCGGACGGUGUUCACGGCUACAUAGCGCGGAAAAAUAAAAUGGAUGCAGAAGCUUGGCAUCCACGAGAAGGGGAGCUGUCGAUGGAACGACUUGCGACUGGUUUUCUGCGGACCAAGGCGGUCGACUUAGACAAGUACCACGACUUCUUUACGGGCCGGGAGCAUGAGUGGCCUGAGGGAUGUCAAGACCUAGAGCACGUAGCGGAUCGUCGAACUCUUACAUCCGGAUGUGGUCUGGUAGCGAUUGUCAGGCAACCAGACUGGGAAGAUCAUGAGAUAGAAGACAGAAUCUAUUCUGUAGCCGAGACGGAGCUGGAAGCUGCUGUAAGUGUGAUCAUCUCGAAGAAGCGUAGUUUUGACGACGCAGGGUCAAGGGGUUGUAACGAUCUUGCCAAAAAUGAAUUCGCUCUAGAGGAUAUGUCUCGGAAAGCAGCGGCUAUUUUUUGUGAAGAGAUUCAGAAGAUGGCUGGCUCUCAGGCCAGGUACCUAGCGGUCGAAAACAACGCAGCGUGGCAACAGCGACUCCAGGCGCGAAAAUUCUUGUCUGAAGACGAGGAAGACGGAUCAUUGAUGUUCUUUCGCUUGGUGAAAAAUCUGCCUCAACAGGACGAUCAAGAGGAUGAACUUCCACCUACUAAAAGAACAAGGCAAAGACAGAUAAAGAACAGUAACAGAAAGAAUGCGAAUGCUAAAGGUCGUCAAGGAGAAACCUUCGAUGAAUAUCGACCACAUGCUGCAACGCUUCCGGCCGUCGAAGCCCAAGCACUCCUCCGGCUCAUGUUGCGCGAAGAUGCGCUGCGAUCCGGCGCUUUUCCAGGUGAUCCGGGGACUCGCGCUAUGCUUCUGCACAACGCCCUGGAGAAUGUAGCGAACACAAUCAUGAGCUACCGGCACAAACUUCCGUGUUGGGAUACACCGGAGUCCCUUGGAGGACCUCCGCGGCUAAGAAACUGUACUUUCUUCCACAAUCAAUUUGAGACGAGGUAUGUUGCCGCUGGCGAAUUCGCCUUUCAGCAGCUCGCGUGCGUGCUUCGUACUUUCUUGGAUCUUGAUCGCCAUGUACACACGAAGGUUAACUACCGCAAAAUUGAACCUAGCCCAGAGGAAAUGGCAAUACAGGAUGAAACGAGUAGCGAAGAUUCAUACGGCGACUAUUAUUCCUCGUCUGACGAGGAGGAUAAGGACCACCUUUCGUCCGACGACAAGGACGCAACGGGAAGAAAGGAAAAGAGGGCUGAGAUUGCGACGAGUGCAGCCGCCAAGCAGCGCGUCAACCUAGAAGAUGAGACCAAGAAAAAGAAUAUCGAUGGAUCCCUAGCGGCCACUGAUGGUGAUGUUGUCGGAAAGGAGCAGGUCGUCUCGACUAUGACCGUGUACGACACGCGCGAUUUAGACGGAUGGCUGGCAUACGGGGUGGACUUUGGUGCACUAGGCAGUGGGGUAGAGCUUCCAGAUGACACCGACCGUUGCGAAGACUGGUUUUGCUUGUCCGGACGCGAUAUGUUUGAGCGCAUGGUCCACGCGCGCGGAAAGUGGCGUUCCUCGUUGUCUUCUUUAGAGAAGGACACGCUGCGUUGCUUCGUGGCAAACUCUGUGGCCUUGCCCGGCUUGCUUUUGUGUGACGCUCUCCUGACGAUAACUGAAGAACGAAGCAGUUCUGCUGCCGCUUAUAAUUACACCAUGAGAAUGGGCCUGGGUGUUGCCAGCACUAUUGGGGGACUUCAGCGGACACGUAUAGAAGAGCCCGAUGACUGGGACUACGGUUCUAGGCGCCUAGUACUGCACUCGUAUCGCAAAGAGCGAAAUGCUGAGAAAGUUCUGAAUAAGACGUCAGUGGAGAAUCUGCACGUGCAUCUGCGGGACAUGCUUUCUCGUUACUUCUGUCCUUCGGACGAAGAAGAAGAUCGCAACCCAGUAGCAGGAGCCCACCUUCUAUGUGACAAGCGAGCAAAGACCACGACAGAGCAGGGUCAAAUAGAUCAUGAAUCAAAAGAACAUGAUCACGCGUCGCUGCUGGAGCUUGUGAAAACCGGCGCGGCGCAGAUCCUCCUCAGUGUGAAAGAAAAACGGCUUCCGACGUGUCCCAUUGCCUACGCCGCAAAGGCUGUUCUAGCGAACAAAAACUUUUCUUCUCCGGCUCUGUGCAUGUUGAGAGCGAAUCGCACCCCCAGUAAUGCCAAUUCGGAUAAGAAGAAUUUGGCUGAGUCGCAUCCGCAGGUGAAUGAGGAACUCAAACUCGAGAACAAGAAGGACCAUGAUGAUGAUCAGGCGGUCGGAUGGAAAACAGGAAAGGGUGAUGAAGUUGCAACUCGCGCCAGUGCUCGAUCAGGAGCGGAACCAGCCGAGGCCUGCCAAAUUGUGUUUGUACUGGUCGACUGGGCACAAGCGCUCAAAAGUUGGUGUGAAAAGACCGACACCUACUUUGAUUGGGGACGAGAUGCUUACUGACUUGAAACGAUGGAUUGAAGGUAACGCCAUCGUCAGCCUGUGUCCUCAAUAGUAAAGGCAACUCGAGUACCCUAGGCAGGAGCAGGGAGAGCAUUUAUUCCACCAACCUUUUCACUGAGCAGCUCGGAAAUGCCGGAUGAUGUUAGUUAGUACUAAGAACGCGUGAAGCUAAGGGCUCUGUUUGUAGUUGCAUUCAUUGCUAAUCUUGCGCACUACACAUAGAUUGAUAGAGACGAUGUCAUUUUACGAAUUGUCCCUUAACCUUGUUUCUUAAUAAAAUUCCUACUUGAAAUUUGUCGGGAUCACGGCGAUCUGUCUUUCUCAUUCAUUGUUACGAACAGCAAACUGAAACGCUUGGCCUCAGAGAUUACAUCAUCGAUCUAUGCAGGUGGGCAUAGAAUACGGUGGACUGUCAAACGCCCAGGCCUACGUUGCA